AUGACUGGGGAGUGUAGUGGCAAGCCUUUAGUUGUGGUACCUUUGGCCAUAGAAGUUCCUUUGGAGUUGGAGUGUAGUUUUGAGCUAGGGGUUGGGUGUAAGGAGUCGGUUGAUGGUAAUAAUUUAUCACAAUGGGUAACAAAUUGGAUUAAGGCUUUUAUAAAAUCAGUGGGCACUUCUUUGGAAGGUUUUGAGGAGCACAUUACGGGAUUGCUGCUAGCUAUAGAGGCUAGGAAAAAGAAUAAAAAGCUUAAGGCAGUAGAUGAUCAAAUGAAGCAUGGCUCUUGUGGAGCUUCUGGAGGGGUGCUACUGAUGUGGGAUACACGGGUUGUGAAUAAAGUGGAGGAAGCUGUGGGGCGAUUUUCGGUUUCUUGUAGAUUUACAAGUGUGUCAGAUCAGUUUGUCUGGGCAUUUACUGGCGUUUAUGGUCCUAAUUCUGUGAGAGACAGAAGGUUCUUAUGGGAGGAAUUAUUUGGUUUGAACAGUUGGUGGAAUGUUCCAUGGUGUGUGGGUGGUGACUUUAAUGUGGUAAGGUUUCCUUUCGAGCGUUCUGGUUCUACCUCCUUUACUGCUGCUAUGUGGGAGUUUUCCAAUUUUAUUUUUGAGCAAGGCCUCAUUGAUAUUCCGCUUCAAGGGGGAUCUUUCACUUGGUCUAAUACUCGUGAAGUUGCUUCAAAGAGAGGUAUGAGGCCGUUUAGAUUUGAGAAUCUGUGGCUUGAAGAUGAGGGUUUUGUGGAGAGGGUGCAAUCUUGGUGGGAAUCUUAUAAUGUCCUAGGAGCUCCGAGUUUUGUUUUGGCCAAUAAAUUGAAGCUCUUGAAAAAUGAUUUGAAGAAAUGGAAUGUGGAGGUUUUUGGAAAUGUUGAAGAGCGGGUGAGAAAAUUGUGGCAAGAGCUUAGUGAUUUAGAGAAGAUUGAGGAUAGUCGAGCUUUAUUGGCGGAGGAAAGGCUGGAGUUGGAGAGAGUUUGA